GGCAAGCAGAAAGAGGCACACAGGCGAGCUGAAUUAGAUGGGUGGCAGGAUGACACGCUCGGAUAAAAAGACUACUCAUACGUCACUGAUUAAAACAAACAAUGAGAGCCUGAGACGCUGUGUGUUGUGUUAAAUAACCUUCCGACAUCGCUUUGUCUGAAGAUAUUGAGCGAGUGCAGCACUCGUGCCGUCGGUAUUUGUGAUCAUCUGUCACGGUCUUAUAAUAGUGUGCGAGCGGAUAUGGACGUGCAUUUGUGGGAUCAGCUCCAGGCUGGCAGCUCGGAUGUGGAUUGGUGUGAAGGGAAUUAUCUCAUCUAUCCUGGAAUAGCGGAGUUUUAUAACACGAUAAGCAAUGUCCUGUUUUUUGUCUUGCCUCCUAUCCUCAUGUGUCUCUUCCGUCAGUAUGCUACGCAUUUCAACAGUGGCAUCUAUCUCAUAUGGACUCUGCUGGUGGUUGUUGGUAUCGGCUCUAGUUAUUUCCAUGCUACGCUGAGCUUCUUGGGCCAGAUGCUGGAUGAGCUGGCCAUAUUGUGGGUGCUAAUGUGUGCUAUCGGCAUGUGGUUUCCCAAAAGAUACCUUCCCAGGAUAUUCCGUCGAGACAGGUCGAGGUUUAAAGUGGUAAUUGGCAUUCUGUCAGGAAUCACCACCUGUCUUGCCUUCAUCAAGCCAGUCAUUAAUUCGAUCUCUCUCAUGACGCUGGGGAUCCCAUGCACUGCUCUUCUCAUAACUGAGUUAAAGAGGUGCGACAACCCGCGUGUGUUUAAGCUGGGUCUUCUGUCAGGUCUGUGGUGGACUCUAGCGCUGAUGUGCUGGAUUAGUGAUCGCAUUUUCUGUGAGAUGUGGUCAUCUGUCAACUUCCCUUAUCUACACUGUGCCUGGCACAUUCUCAUCUGCUUGGCUUCCUAUCUGGGGUGUGUGUGUUUUGCUUAUUUUGACAUAGCAUCAGAGGCUCCCGAGCAGGGCCCUGUAGUCAAAUUCUGGCCCAGUGAGAAAUGGGCUUUUAUCGGGGUGCCAUACAUCACUCUUCUCUGUGUGCAUCGGAAGCCUUCAGUUAAGGUGACAUAAACUGUUCUUCCCAAGGUAUCUGAUUACUCCUCAAUGCACUUUGUACUGCAGAAUCCUGUUUUUGCAAGUGGGUUUGUUUUUUUGUUUGGGCGGAGAUUUUGGUCAAUCAGUAAUAUGCAUGUCAGUAUGCACAAAAUGAACUUUUGAAUUAUUGGAAGGAUUUCAUGUUAUGACAGCUUUAUAUGUUUUAAUGGAUUAUCAGGCACAGAGAAUACACACAUUAAUAUGGUAUAUACAUUUGGAAUGAGGGAUUAUAAAAAUAGUGUUUGCUUUUUUUAAACAAAUUUUCACAGACCUGCAGUUGAACCUGCAUUUAAUACUUAUGUUAAUUUGUACAGUUAAUAUUUUGAAAAUCUAAUUUUACCUGCACUUAUAAUAAGGUAGCACAGUCAUAAAGGGGUUGUUGUUACAUAUUAACACAGAACAUGAUGUUAUUUCACUUCACACACAAGUGUACACUUGCAGUGUUCUGAAAUUAAGAGGUAUAAAAAAACAGCAACAUUUUUUGUUUUUAGGACCCAGAUUUUGGUUUAUGGGAUUCUCAGAAUGAUCUGUUUUAGGUUUUGUUCAGACAGGUGACAAAGAUCCAGUCCAAUACUUUUCUUUUUUUUUUUUUUUUUGCAUGUACACUAACAUUCAAAAGUUUGGGGUCACUUGACUGAAAUGUUUCUCAAAAUCUUAAAAAUAUUUUGAUCUGAAGGUGUUUGCUUAAAUGUUUGAAAUUAGUUUUGUAGACAAAAAUAUAAUUGUGCCACCAUAUUAAUUUAUUUAAAUCUAAAACUAAGAUUUAAUUAAAAGAAAUGUUUUGAUGGAUGAUUUGGACCGAAUAAUAAAGAUAAGCAGCCAAUAAGUGCCCAACAUAGAUGGAAACUGCUUCAAUACUGUUUAAAAAGCAUCCCAGGGUGAUACCUCACAAAGUUGGUUGAGAAAAUGUCAAGAGUAUAUUUCUGCAAAUUCUAGGCAAAGGGUGACAACAGUGAAGAUGCUAAAAUAAAACAUAAUUUUGAUUUAUUUUAGAUUUUUUUUGUCACAACGUAAUUCCCAUAGUUCUAUUUCUAUUAUUCCAUAGUUAUGAUGGCUUAACUAUUAUUCUAAACUGUGAAAAAUCCAUGUAGUGGUUUGUAGUCUGAACAGCAAAAGAGAGAAAAAAAAAACUGAUGACUGUAAAAAUCUGAUUUUUACAGAUUACAUUAAAACUUUCAGCCAUUUCAGCUGGAACACUUAUUUAGACGUAUUUUUUUUUCAAGAUUUGCGCAUUUUAAUUUAACGACAUAAUUCAGAUUCGAUUGUGUAAUUUUUAACUAAAUUAAAUUAAUAAAACCUAAACUAUAUUUAUUUAUUUGUAUUUUAUUUAGUUAAAUAUUACUCAAUUUAAUUUGUUGGAAUUUUGUUGUAAAAUUUUAAAUAAGUACAUUUUUAAAUAAUUUUAUUUUUGAGUGCAGAAUGGAUUUCAUUUUUUUUUUUAUUUCCCCCCCAUCAGUAGUUUUUCCACUAUUCAGCCUACAGCUGUGUCCAAAUUCACUCAUUUUCUUUUUUAGUUUUUAAAUGUUAUCCCCUUUUUCUCCCUGGAAUGCCCAAAUCACACUACUUAGUUGGUCCUCAUGGUGGCGGAGUACAAGUCUCAUUUGCCUCCGCUUCAGAGACAGUCAAUCCGCGCAUUUUAUCACGUGGCUAGCUGUGCUUGAAUCCAGGGAGACUCGCAGCAUGUGGAGGCUAAUGCUACUCUCCGCGAACCAUGCACAACUGAACACGUGCCCCAUUGAGAGCGAGAACCAUGAGGAGGUUACCCCAUGUGACUCUACCCUCCCUAGCAACCUGCCAAUAUGGUUGCUUAGGAGACCUGGCUGGAGUCACUCAGCACACCCUUGAUUCAAACUCACAAUUCCAAGGGUGGUAGUCAAUGUAAAUAUUCGCUGAGCUACCCAGGCCAAAAUCAAAUUCACAAAUUUUCAAUGGUAACAUCUAAAUGAACAGAUUUUAUUAAGGACAAAAAUAUUAUUUCACAUCACUAAAUUAGCUUGAAUACAUUAGGUUACACCAACAAAACUAAUUUCAAGGGUAAGACCGGACAGAAAUAGCUCCUCAAGUUAACGACUGCAAGUUACCAAUUUUUUCAGUGUAAAAUAUCUGGCAUUUGCUGUGGCGUGAACGAGUGAGCAGUUUCAGAUUGCAUGAAUAUAUCAAAUACAGUGAUGACGUUGUCUCAUAAACCUCAUGAGGAUAGCACGACUGCGAGGUGCCUUGCAUGUGAUCAAAGGCAUCAGAUCUGUUUGAUUACUUGGAAAAAGGAGUGGAGAGUUUGUCCUAAAGGAUUUGACUAAAUUAAACUGAAUUUGAAAAACAAAUGUGCCAUGUGCCGAGUGGACAAAGCCUUGCUAUAUAAAGCACAUUUUCUCUACUGAAUGCCAAAAUAAAUGAAAAAAUACAUUUUCAAUAUGAAUUGACUUUAAAACAUGGGAACUAAAUCUAACUAAUGCUUUUUAUUAUUAAUUUUCCUUGUUACUCGCACAUUGAAAUAUUGUAAUCAUUGUUUUUUAUUGAGGCCAAUUACCUGAUUCCACCACCUGAUACCCCUGAUAGUAAGUUUAUGAUGUUAAUAUGUAACAUAUUGAUUCCAAUAACAGUAUAAACUGGAUCUAAAUAUUCUGAGCCAUGUUGCACUACUGUAAAGUGAAAGAACAUUUGACAGAUGUAUUAUCGCAAGAUACCCUUUUACAACACUGUAUGAAAAUUGUUUGGUGAAGUGAAUGUAAAAGAAUGCUCCGUUGAAAAUGAUUGGCAAAGGUUUGCCAACUGUCAACUGUCAACCUCUUUUGAAUGUAAUCAGACAGAAGUGUGUGUGUGUGUGUGUGUGUGUGUGUGUGUGUGUGUGUGUGUGUGUGUGUAUGUGUAUAUAUAUAUAUAUAUAUAUA